UCUAGGCUUGAUUUCAGUCUCUUCCAUCUUCUGCUAAUGUUCUCGUUUGUCACAUUCUCUUUUCUCGUUUGUCACAUUCUCUUUUCUUGUUUGUCACAUUCUCUUUUCUCGUUUGUCACAUUCUCUUUUCUAACAAGAUAGAAAAAUGUUGAGCUGUGUCAUUUGAGAUUCACUUCCCAUUGCAUUAUUUGGACUUUCACAUAACCGAGCGGUAUCGACUAAUUAGUUGCGCGCUAAAAUCACCAUUAGAGUAUCCACCCCCUCCCCAUCCAUUUAAUUAGCUCUAAGGUGACAUUUUCUCUACGUUAUGUAUUCGCUUUGUAACUGAAGUCUAUAGAUCUAGGUCGCCAUCUGUAACAAGGGUCACAACACGGUACUGCGAGUGUACUCACAGUCAAAGGGAAGCUUUAAAUGUUGCCACUUGAAUAGAGCGACUGAAUCCAAUUGGAAUUAAUUCCUGCACUUCAUCGCUGGAAGAAACCAGUUUCUAGAAACAGUGACAGUUGUUAUUUGUUAUGUAGAAUUGACCGUUCAAAUAUAAACAAAUUAUUAACGCGAGUUACAAAAGUUAUUGUCACAAUGUUAUAGUAACUAAAGAGCUGUUCUAGGAGAUGACGUCACACACUGUUCACUACAUGCCAAAGAAUGAUUGGUGUUGGUAACCAUGGUAACAAAGAACAGGCCAUACCAUUAGUCUCGGACAGGAACAGACCACUGACGUCGCAGUACACAGACCUGACCCUUGUGCCGCAGCGGCCGCCACACCCCAGGGUUAUGUUCAACAAGAAACUAGGAGCCAGGAUUGAACACAGAAAACAUCUUUUAAUGAGAAGGAAAUGGCUAGUAGACCUGACACUGUCUGUGGCUGUAAUGGGCAUUGUCUUGAUGGUGGUAGAAAACGAACUCUAUUACCUGGACACUGCAGAGAAAGGAACUAUGGUGUCCAUUAUGUUGAAGCUGUUUGUGUCCAUCAGUACGGCCAUCCUGUUGAUUGGUAUAUGUCUGUAUUACCAUACAGGGGCGGAGAUUAAGAUGUUGGAUGCUAAAGUAGAUGACCCUUUAGCUGUGACGUCCUCCUCCACCUGGUUCUGUCUACUGAUCGAGCUGCUGGUGUGUGCCAUACAUCCCUUCCCUGGUGACACCAGGAUCUACAUGGCUACAAUAGACGGUCACACCCAGGACCGAGUCCAUCUGGACGGCAUCUUAUCCGUACUGAUGAUGUUCAGACUGUACCUCGUGGGUCGUUUCCUGGUGGUCCACUCAUCCCUGCUGACCGACAAGUCCACUCAGACCAUCUCGGCAGUCAGUCACGUGAAAAUCGACCUCAUCUUCGUCUUCAAGGCCGCUAUGAGUGAGCACCCGGGCAAGGUCAUCGCCUGCACCAUGAUAUCAAUGUUUUCCAUCAGCGUGUGGGCCAUGCGGACCUGUGAGCUGUACUACACGGAGCUGAACGAGGCCCACAGCUUGACAGAGUCGAUGUGGCUCUCCGCCAUCACUUUCCUUACCGUCGGCUACGGAGACCUGACACCCAAGACACAUUGCGGCCGCUUUGUCUCUGUAGUGACGGGCCUGAUGGGGCUGGCCUCCACGGCGCUGCUGGUGGCCGUAGUGGCCAAGAAAAUGGAACAAAACUGCACGGAGCGUCACGUGUACAACUACCUGUCCAUGAUUCAUUUGGAACGGAAGCGGAAGAACAUCGCCGCAGACGUCAUCAAGUUCUCCAUCAAGGCGUACAUCUGCAAGAAGGCAUUUGAGAGGGAGCAGACGAAACGUAAUAAGAUCAACCUGACCUACUUCUCUUGGAGACUUAGCAACGCCAUCCGAGCUGUAAGGUCCACCAGGGUGGCCCGGUGCAGGGUGGAGGAGACUUCUGUGGGCUUGACGGAGCUGAGUCAGCAGGUCAGUCAGACCCAGUCCCUUAUAGCAAUGCUAGCCGCUACGCAAGGUCAGAUUCUGGACAAGCUUACUGACCUUCAGGAGAGAGUCAAGUAUAAAGAGGAGGAAGACGUUUGCAGCACCGAUGAGAUGGUGAGGGAGGAAGUGACGCAACAAGUCAUGCCGGGAGAGGCAACAAAGAGGAAGUCGUCACAAGAUGGUUGGCUAACAAAGUUGUACAGGAGAAACAGUAAUGAUUAAAAAACAAAAAGAUUUAGUCACUGCGAAACUGUUAGGCGGUGUCAUUUAGUCACGUGGGCUUCCAUUUACAGCUUUACUACUUGAACUCAGAACUUUUAACUUCUACACUGUGAUAGAAAUGUGAUUCUCUGGUUUUAUGUAUUUUUUCCACAAUAUUAUUUAUUCUGAAAGUGAUGAAAGAAUAUGAUUUUUUUAAAAAUUCUGCACUAAAUCGUUUGUAUAUCAAAGUUGCCAUUUGGAUUCCAAGCUCUAACUAAUUUUUACUGACAAAAGUAUACUAUAACACCAAACCAAUAAGUUGACUAGAACUAUUUCCAUAAAGAAGUAUUUAAACUUGAAACUCCUGCCAAUAAAUAGAGGGUAUCUAAAGAAAGUGUAUAUUUAAGAAACUCACUUUUUCUUGCUGUAUAAACGGUUAGUUACAAACACUGACUGCAGUAGGUUACGGCCCUUAGCUACUGGUGGA